GUCGUUCAUGUGACCGGAAGCAGCAUCAACACAGCCAGUUACGAGCUGGUGGCAUUAGCAAGCAUGAGUUCUCUGGAGCAGGCCGAAGACCUAAAGGCUUUUGAGAGAAGAUUGACAGAGUAUGUCUCCUGUUUGCAACCUGCAACAGGCAGGUGGAGAAUGAUUCUGAUAGUGGUGUCUGUUUGUACGGCUACUGGGGCUUGGAACUGGUUAAUAGACCCCGACACACAGAAAGUCUCCUUCUUUUCAUCACUGUGGAAUCAUCCCUUCUUCACCAUCAGCUGCAUCACUCUCAUAGCUCUCUUCUUUGCUGGGAUACACAAACGAGUUGUGGCACCAUCAAUUAUUGCUGCCCGGUGUCGGACAGUUUUAUCAGAAUACAACAUGUCCUGUGAUGAUACAGGGAAACUUAUUCUUAAACCACGACCAAACAUCCAGUAACCACAAGCUUGUGAGAGCUGUUUGGAUAGUGUACCUGGUCUUGUUGCACAGAAACUGAUCACUCACUGGUCUAACUCCUUAGAAUGGUCGGAACAGCACAGAGGGAACUGCACUGAUGUCAUCAUGGAAAUGCAUCUGAAAGAAAGAAGAAUUUGACUGUUAGGGUCUUUUAAACUAUGUCACUCUGUUGAUGUCACCAUUGAAGCUGCUGCUCUGCUCACAUAGUCUCUGAUAUAUUUUACUCAUUAAGUGCAAGUUUGGAUGUCUUUAUUUCCGUUUCUGAUGUUGAGCAUGUAUUUUAUCUAAAUGUUUCAAUUUUUUAUGUUAUUUACCAAAUAAAUAAGAUAAAUAAGACGUAA